AUGACCACAAAGCGGCGAAGCAUGGUCGCUGCUUCGCCAGAGGCGAGGAUGCGCAGCCAGAAGCGCCGGAAAGUGUCUGAUGAUGAUAUCGUGGACCCUGAUGGCUCUAACGCGGUCUCUUCGCCUGCUGGGUCCGAGCUAGGCGAUGAGGCCGAAACGGAUGGAAGCUCAGUAAGCCAGGAUGAGCAAGAGGAGUCUGAGGUCGAUUUCGAGGGCGAUACGCUUCAAACUGCGCAAGACAAGAUCAUGACAGAGCUGGCGCGUUUGAAGGACUCCGAUGGAGAAGAAGUCGCAUACCCAUUCAUUGGAAAGCCCGAUCGCAACCUUUACCGGGACUACUAUGAAAUUAUUCAACAUCCAGUGUCGAUACGGACUAUUCAAAAACAAGUCCGCGGCACUGAUAGCCGGAAAAAACCCUCGAAAACAACCGCCUUCUCCACCUGGGAGUCCUUUGAAGAGGAGGUGAGCUAUCUCUGGCGGAACGCGCGAGAGUAUAAUGAAGACGGGAGUGAUAUCUCUGUUUUAGCUGGCAUGCUAGAGGUAAACCCCCGUUGUGCCUUGUCCGUCCGAACCGGGCUUCUUGCCAUAGUACUCAUACCAGACCAGGAUCACUUCAAGCGGAGAGUGGCGGAGGCGAGAAAGCUUGUUCCCGAUUCCAUUCAGGUAGAUGGUCACCCCGAAAUGCCUCGUAUCAAGUUGAAAAUGGCUGCGAGGGAUGUGGAACCGGGGGUGCAAAGGUUAACACUCAAGAUGGCUGGGCAGACCUCCGAGACACCUAAUAAUGAUGAUCAACCAUCCUCCGGUCUCACCGUCGAUAAUGAAUCCUUGAAACGACAGCAAGAGCUUGUUCGAACUGGAUCAGCAAAUCAGGAGUUGGACUCAUACCGAACCCGGUCUCUUCGAAGGCACGCUCCCAGCCCUCGAUCCAGUGUUACCACCACUCCCUCUACUUUAGAGCAAUCGCAGAAUGAACUGGGUGGUCGGGAGGCAUCCCAUGUGUUAAAAACCGAGACUCGGAGCACAUCGUCUCAGCAUGCCGAGACACGCCCUUCUCAUGGUCCGGACGGAGACCCAUUGGACUCUACCACUAGAUCAGUCUCCAACGACGAUGCGAACUCGGCUCUGAUUCGGAAUGUUCAAAUCAUCACCCAUCCCUCGCUAUCCCUCCACCAUAAUUUGUGUUUGGAUAUUCCUCCAUCAUCAACUGUUUCUCAGCAGACAAUCACAAUCAACCUACCCGCGACGCAUAAUUUGGUCACCGUUCGACCUACUAUCUCUGCCGGAACCUCGCAGCGGCAUGUCAAGCUCGUCGCUUUGAUGGGUAUGCAACAACUCCAUCCGACCAGCGAUCCUUCCACGCUGGCUUUUGAUAUUCAACUCCAUCCGGGGACUACUAAACUCGAUCUCGAGGCUAUUGCCGGGCCGCCAAGAGGGGUUCCAAAAACUGGAUUCCCUGGCUCUGAUAUCGACUAUGAGCGAACUACAGUCUUUUUUAAUUUGCUACGGUAA